UUAUGAGACUCCGCCCACGCUUGGCCCCGCCCCUGCCCCGGUGGCCAAUGGCGGCGACCGCGCGCCCAGCCUGCUCCUCCCCACGCCCCUCCCGUCAAGGUCAAGCCCACUUGACCAGCCCGCACGCCCGCCGGCGUCACUCCGUCUCCGUGACUCCGCCCCCUUGCUGGGCGCCUAUUGGGUCGUUCCGGCGGGAGGGGCGUGUCCCAGGAAGGCGCGGCGGCCAAUGGGUAGCGAGCCCCGUCAGCGUCAGGCGGGCGCUGGCGACGGCGCGGGCGGAGGGCGCGCGCACACCAUGGCGGAGUACCGGAUCCGGCCGUACCGCGACGAGGACUAUGAGGCGGUGCGGGAGAUCUUCGCCACCGGCAUGAGCGAGUACGCGCCGGCGCUGUGCCUGCACGUGCUGCGGCAGCCCUGGGCGCUGCUGGCGCUGGGCUGCACCUUCUGCCUGCUGCUGGCCAGCGCCCGCUCCCUGCUGCUGCCCGUCCUGGCCCUCACCCUGCUGCUGGCCCUGGCGCGGCACCUCCUGGGCUGCGCCUGGAGCACCUACAUCGACCGCUGCCUCGGCGACGACCUGCGGGACAUCGGGGCUUCCUACGCCGAGAGCGCCGGCGCCCGCUUCUGGGUGGCGGAGGCGGACGAGCGGGUGGUGGGCAUGGUGGGCGUGCGGCCGGCCGACGACGGCGCCGGCGGGGAGCUGGCCUUGAAGAGGAUGUCGGUGCGGAAGGACUACCGGAGCUUGGGCAUCGCCACGGCGCUGGGCCGCACGGCGCUGGCCUUCGCGCGGCAGCGCGGCUGCCGGGCCGUGGUGCUCAACACGCUGAUGCUGCAGCACGAGGCUCGCGCCCUCUACGAGCGGCUGGGCUUCCGCCAGCACCGCUGCUACGUCCUGCCCACCGUCUACGGCCGCUUGGCCAACUGCACCAUCACCACCUACCGCUACGACCUGUCCGGCGGGCCCUGAGCCCCGGGGAGGGCGGGCAUCGUGCCCCGGCACCGGCACGGCACGGUGUGAGCCCCCUGUCGGGCCGAGGGGCACCGUGGGCUGCUGCUCUUGACUGUGUCACGGUGCUGCCGCAGGGCGCUGGGUCCCCCCGGCUCGUGUCUUGCCGCGGAGCCAUGCGAGCGUUGCUUCUCAGGGAGUGUGCUGCGUGCCGGCACGGGGGUGGUACGGGGGGGU